CAUUAACGUAUAUCAAACAUAACAUUGACAAUAAAUAAAAAAAAUAAGAUACAAUAAAAUAACCCAUGGAGUUCACUAUCGGAAGAAUAAUGUCAUUGAGUGAGGAGCUAAACGACCUGCCUGGUUACAGAUAAAUAAAUAUGUCAUUAAAUUGACUCUCGAGGCAACCACUUCAGUUUAAAUGCAGACUCGGUGGAUUGGGUUAUAUGUCACUCCCUGCUGGUUUCGUUCAAUAGCUGACGCUGCAGUGUCUGUGCAGAAGUCCAUGGAGUUUCGUUUCCGUUGGUUCAGUACGGUUAAGUCACAUUCGGCUGUGCUGUCAUAGCAACAGGACGGCGUCCGAGACAGAUUCCCUGCUGUGGGCCGGGGAAAGAUGAGCCAGCGUGCGGAACGCCGUGGGAUCCACGUGGACCAGUCUGAGCUGCUGUGUAAGAAGGGGUGCGGUUACUUCGGCAACGCAGCAUGGCAGGGUCUGUGCUCCAAGUGCUGGCGGGAGGAAUACCAGCGAUCGCGUCAAAAGCAGAUCCAGGAGGAUUGGGCGCUGGCCGAGAAGCUACAGAGAGAGGAAGAGGAGGCGGCGGCCUACGCUAGCAAUCAGGGCAGCCAGUCUCACCCCGCCCCUCAAUCUCAAGCCCGCGCCACUCUGGCGCCCUUCUCCAAGUUCGAGGAGAAGAAGACCAAUGAGAAGACUCGCAAGGUGACCACCGUCAAGAAGUUCUUUAGCCCCUCCUCUCGCACCGCUCCCAAAAAAGAGUCUCAUGAGGGGAAAGCCCCGAGCCCCUCAAUCUCACGCCAGUCCAGCAUCGAGACGGACCGCGUGUCCCGGGACUUUGUGGACUUCCUGAAGAACCUGCAGAAACCGGGCCGAGAGAUCCACAAGCAGAGCCGGGCCUUCAUCGAGAGCAUGGCCAAUAAGAAGGACCUUGGAGCUGAUGAGCUGUCGGAGUGUGUGCAGGACUUCUACCAGAACAUGUCGGACCGGCUCAUGGCCCAUUUCAAAGGCUCCUCUGAGCGUGUGGAGCGUGUGAUGGAUCAGGUGGAGAAGUACAUCAUGACUCGGCUCUACAAGAACGUCUUCUGCCCUGAGACCACCGAUGACGAGAAGAAAGACCUGGCCACUCAGAACCGCAUCCGGGCACUGCACUGGGUGACCAUUCAGAUGCUGUGUAUGCUGUGUGUCCCCGUGGACCAGGAAAUACCUGAGGUGUCUGACAGCGUCGUCAAAGCCAUCACAGACGUGAUUGAGAUGGACUCGAGGCGUGUGCCGCGGGACAAGCUGGCGUGCAUCACCAGCUGCAGUAAGCACAUCUUCAACGCCAUCCGUGUGACCCGGAACGAGCCGGCGUCCGCCGACGACUUCCUGCCCACGCUCAUCUACAUCGUGCUGAAGGCCAACCCGCCGCGCCUGCAGUCCAACAUCCAGUACAUCACGCGCUUCUGCAACCCCAGCCGGCUCAUGACCGGAGAGGACGGAUACUACUUCACCAACCUGUGCUGUGCUGUGGCCUUCAUAGAGAAGCUGGAUGCCCAGUCUCUGAACCUGAGCUCCGAGGACUUUGAGCGCUACAUGUCUGGACAGGCCUCGCCGUCCGGGCCGGAUUCGGGCCAUGGCUGGGCCAGCGGGGUGGCGGGGGCGAGUCCCGGGGUGGUGCAGACGCAGCUGGAGGCGCUGUCAGGGCUGAGCCAGCGGCAGGAGCAGGUGAGAAAUAAGCAGGCAUACAAAACACCAACAACAGCAGUUACAUGGGAGGAGAGCGUGGGCAGGCAGGUGCAGGGCAUCCUGGAGAGGUACCCGCUGGAGCUGCGCCCCCCGCCUGCACCCGCCAUCGACUCCGACAACACCGACGACGACGGCCUGCCCCCGCCACUCACUCCACAGGUGUUCGCUGGCUAACACAGCCGUGUGUGUGUGUGUGUGUGUGUGUGUGUGUGUGUGUGUGUGUGUGUGUCAGAGUGAGGAGAACCUGGUGCAAGUAUGUGUGUCUGACACAAUUUUCAAUGUAAAGGUCCCACAAAAUGUGCGUGUUCGUCUAAGGGAACAUUACUGUGUGUGUGUGUUUGUGUGUGUGAGAGUGCUGAUCUGGUACAUGUGUGAGAGUGCAGUGUGUGUG